GUGGUAGUUUGCUUUUUAUCAUGAGCACCGGAAGUUGGCCCGGCUGCGGGGCACGGGAACCGGAAGCUGGCCCGGCUGCGGGGCAGUGGCGCCGGAUGUUGGCACAUCUUGCCCCUGCGCAGCGCGAGCAGGCAGUUGCCUUGAAGUGAAUGUUGGUGCCGAUUCGGCGUGGGUUCAAAAUUUCAUCAGGGAGUGAGGCCUUGACAGCUUUACAUUUGUUUUUUUUUUUAAAAAAGGGUUCCGUAUUGAAUUGACUGAUGAUGCCCCCACCCCCUGACGGGCGUUGACGAAUAUGGAAGAGUUUGUGUCAGAGUUUGGGGAGCUGAGCAAUGCUGAUGUUCAGUGGCUCCAGAAUUUAUACAGAUUUACAAGAGAGAACAUCCUUCCUGUAGCUGUAGAUUCUGAAAUUACCUGCAAAGAAUUGAGCAGCUGUCUCUUUCAAUGUCUGUGCAGAAUUUGUCACAAUUGCAGCAAUCCCUGUUGCCAUCAGGGGAAAGAUGGACUUAUUCUACCUUUAAGCUACAGAUUUAUAUCGCUCACGGAACUUCAGUCUCAGCAGAAGACCCCGUGUUGUAGUCAGUUAACGUGGAGUACCAGUCGGUUUAAGCAAUGGGCUCUGCAUAAAGAGAGAUUUCUAGUUGGUCACAAGGCGCUCAGUCGCACGAACUUGCUGCUAUGUGGUAUCCUGACAGACAAGAUCUCUAUUACCUCAAGUGCUUCAGAGAGCGAAGAACGGCAGAGUGAUGGGAACUUGUACUUACAGGACAAGAAUGGGUUUAUACCUUGUGAGAUUAUCAAACUGGACUCUCGGUGGUUGGGGCACUUAGUACUGUUUCCAAGCUGGAGUUAUAUUCCAAAGAGCAGUGAAGUUUGGAGACCCAGUGGAGCUGAAGCUGGCUAUCUUGAGAUAAUCGAAGCACCCUUCCUGGUGUUUCCAAAACGGCUGGCUGGAAGCCUUUUGGUGUCAAACACACUAAAAGUUUUACUGCCGGAUUCAGCAAUUCAUCUCCUGGACAAAGGGUUUCAUUGCCAAAAAGUGAAGCUGAACAUAGCUGGAGAACUCAGCCGUCUCAGUUCAGUUUUAAAUAUCCGAGGGAAAACCUUCUUCUUCUUCUUUCUCAGCUCCUUUGAAACUGAAACAUGUCUUCCAGUUGUAGUUCAGGCUCCUGCCAAACUAACGUGGCAUCGCUGCUUAGAAGUUACAAAACAAUACGUCAUAACAAAGGUCUUCGUUUCCAGCCUACAAGGCACCAAUUAUAAGGUGUUUGUUGUGUCAUCGUCUUCUGAAUUCUACCUUUAUAAUGAGGGGUUUGUAAAAGAACAAACACUGGCAGAAUUUAUGCAUGCUUCAGAUAUGAAGGAGACUUCUAAACAUGAGCUAACAUCACUUGUUUCAAAAGAAGAAUCUUUUCAGAAUAUAUCUUCUGUGGACUGGUCAAGUCAAAGCUCCAUAGAAGAAGUGUUUGAGAGCAGAGAGUCCAAAAUAUGCUCUUACCGUGGUAUGAUAAGUAAGUUAAUAAACAUUACAGCAGGCCUUUAUGAGCUGGAUGGCAAAUUUGGUCUUUGUGUCGCCUACCAACAAAUAGUAAAUUGUGGACGUGGUUUACGGCCUGGAGCACAAGUGGAGAUCCACAAUGCCCACUUGCACCUGAAGGCAUCUGACCAUUUUCCACACAUCAUACUUUGCUGCUGCCUGAGGAGUGUUUUGGUGGUCGUAGAAUUUUCCAGGCUUAGUACAGAACAUCAGCCCUUCUCUUUCAUUGGCAAUAUAUACAUCAGUCUGUUGUUCAAGUAUAACCUGGAUCUGCCCAAUUAUUUGUGGAUGGUUCACACUGUAGAAACACUUAUAAAAAGAUUUUGUCCUCGCUUCCUCACAAAGCAGCAUGUGCUAAAGUGUGAUAUUGUUACUGGGGUCACUGGGAUGUUUUUCAACUCUAUUCUGAAAUAUACCAAAUGGAAUUUAGUAGCUAGACCAAUGAGAGACAUCUACCAGGAGAUAUUGGCGGAGUUGCAUCACUGUCCACUUAAAGAGAUCUCACAACCAAAUUUUCCAUGUCAGAGUCCGUCAUUAUCGGAAUUGUUAACUCUCACUGAGGAACGAGUAUGGAGAUCUCUUGACUUGUCCUCCUUGUUACCAGAUGCUGAAAUCAAACACUUGAUAGCUCAGCAGCUUAACAGUAAGCUUGCUUGGUCGUUUGAAGUUUUAAAGCCUGAAGAUUUCCAACCCCAUAUGAUACUGAGUGGCGUCUUCCUGGCAAAUUCUAGAACAGGUUCUUUGCAGCUUCUAGAUACAUCGGGUGCACUGGACUGUAUUGUGCAGAACCCCAAUGAAAUGAAUCAAAUUGCUUUUAGUGACACCUCGUAUAUAGGUUGUUUGGUGCAGCUGCAGAAAUACCAACUGGUUAUAGAACGAUUUAUAUCUAGUGAGUUCCCAUCCUCUAAACACCUUGAUGAUCCUAGAUUUAUCAAAGAGAAACACACAAGGAUCUAUGCCCAGUUCUGUGUGGGUGACCUGCAAGUGCUGAAAAGACAUGGGGCUGCUGCUGCUGCAAGACCAGCCCUGCUCAGCCCUGCGCUGCCAGCCAGUUUGUCGUCUGCUGCAAGCGCUGCGAGCAGCGGCAGCUGCAGUGAGGCAUGCAAAAACGAUGAGGUCAACGGCAUCACGUCCAAUCAGCGCCGAGACAGCCCUUCCCUUCCCAAAAUGCCUCGGCUGGAGGAAGUUGUGCUGCAAGAAGGCCAUGUUGGUGAAAGUGGAAGAACUGUCUGUUCACACCCAUCAUGGACUGGCGGGCGAGCGGUGGGCAUCCAGGGCGAGCCCAGGCGGCCGGGCGACACCACAGGUACCCGCCCCGGACCUCGGGCAGCGCGGCCGAGCGAGAGGGAGGGGAGAACCCGCGGCGCGGGCUGCGUUGCCCAGCUGGUGCUUAUAACUCACAAAGAUGCCUUGAUGCUGAGGAACUGUCAAUAUGGCAGAAACGAAGGCUGUGAGCAUACUAAUGGCUCUGGAGAGGCUUUCACCCAGAGAGCUAAAACGGGGCUGGGACUGGCUUUCCGGGCUUCUGCAGUCACCAUGGGAAGACCCAGACAGCGGAAAGAUGCAGGAAAAAUCGAGGGAUUGCUUGAGCUGGAAGCAGACCCCUCUCUUUGUUCUGAAUACAACAAGCGUACACAAGUGCUGUUGGAUUUCAUGGACAAAGCUGUGAAGUGGUACCAUCUGAUAAACCAGGGGGGAGUGUACAGACUGAUUACACCAAAACAGCUGGACACAUCUGUUUUUGAGCGACGCUGUUGUUCCUCAGUUCCAUGGAAGACUCUGCAGAGUUUGAAUUGUCCGCUCAACCUUGUUGUUCAACCUGACUGGAAGUUUCAAUAUAUUUCCAAUCUAUCCUGUUUACGCCAAUCCCAGCUUUUCGAAAAUCAGAUAAACCUGCCUGCUUACCUUAAAAACUUGCCUUCAGAAAUACCUCGUAUAAAUUCUAUUCAGGAAAUACUCUCUCAUAGUUUCACAGCAUCGCUUGUCUCUUUCACUGGAAUCAUAUUGGAAAGGAUCUGCUAUGAACCCAAUAGAAGAGACAAUUUUGCAGCUGUUAUAACUGAUAAAAAUACACAAGGUAUUUCUGUUCCUGGUGAUUGGGGUUUGAAGUUACUUGUUGGAGACGUUCAAAAUACUGCCAUAACUCUGCACAUCUAUGUGGAUCUCAAGCUGUUAUCUUACACCCUUGGAAUUUUACCAGGAGCCAUGGUGGUGUUUUAUGGUUUGGAGAGGACCACAUCAAGGCACAACAAUGUGUACUGCAAAUAUGUACCCUCGAGCAGUGUGUCUGUCCUUGCAAUUCCUUCAUUGGAGGCUCUAAGGUCCGCUUCCACUUUAUCCAUAAAUACUGCUAUUGCAGACAUGCCUCAGCUAUAUCUUGGAAAUUUAAUUUCUGGGCGAGAGAAUCACUUACAGGGUAUUGUUUACUGCCAUGUGGUUAAUAUUCAGUGGCUGAAACUCCAGUGGGUUUGCAGUUGUUGCAGCAGCAUUUUUAAACAGGACAGGUGCACAAGAAUUUCUGGACCUUGUUUGUCUGCAGUUGGUGUAUUUCGUGCUAAUGCAAGUGUUAUUGUGGAGGAUGGAACUGCAGAGGCACGAGUGCACUGUAAAGAUAAACAGGUGGCGGACCUGCUGGCACUCAGCUCAACAGAGUGGGAAGGACUACAACAACACAUUGGCCCACGGGGGAAGGUGUACUUUCAGUACCAGGGCCGCACUGGACACGAACUGCAUGAAGAGACAAUUGGAGAUAUCCUAAUGCAGUACCUUGGAGUAAUCUGUACUAGCACCAUUGUCUGCAGACCCGUUCAACUUGUCUUCAGAUUUGACUCGCGAGGCAAACCCAAGUUGGGACAGACUGAAACCUUUCAACUGAGGACAUUCACAUGUGGAGACCACCAAUAUAUGACCAAGAUGGCACCAGCCUUGUCUUUGACCUGUUUGGACAUAAAGGAAGUGGACUAUCGAAUGCUUUGCCAUUUGGCAAAUGAUAGACUGAUCCAAUAACAUAGUUAUUGGAAUUUAUUAACUAUGCAACUAUAGACCAAGAAAUAAUCCCUCAAGUGAAUCAAGAGAAUUGACUUUGUUGAUGUUUACAAAAGCAUUGCAAGCUGUGAAAAUAAUUGAUGCACAACCGCCUGUUGAGAAAAACACCUUUUAAUCAAGUUGAUUUAAAUUGACUAGUUUAACUAUAUGCCACUACAAUUCCGUAUUUUAAAUUGCUACUUAUAUUAAAAAAAAUAAACUUCAUUGUCUUAAAAUAGUUGGAGCAAUUCAGAUUGUAAAGUACUCAUUUUGCUUCAGUAUCAUCCUUUGACCUCCAUAUUCAUGUAUAAUUUAUUUUGAAAAUAAACUUACUUUUUUUCAACAUUAA